AGAUCCUCCAACCUUAUUUUUUUUUCGCUCGUGGGCUUGACCCAUGUCCUGGUGCAACUGCCGCCCUCAUUCCUUCUCACUGUUUCUCAUUCCCCUUUUUCAUCACCAACAGGAGACAUGCAUUUCUCUGUCCUCUCGUUCCCACUCUCGCUCUCAGUGGCAGCAUUAACCGCUCUGAGUAGCUCUGCGAUCGCUGCCAAGAUUCCCAUUCGACCCGUCGUGUUCUACCAUGGCAUGGGUGACUCUGCUCACUCCGACGGUAUGCUGGAGCUCUUUGCUUCCAUCCAGGAAAUCGCUCCAGAGAUUUUUAUCCACAGUAUCGCUCUGGCAACAUCCGAGGCUGAAGACCAGCGGGCGGGGUUCUUCGGAAACGUGAAUAAGCAUAUUGAUGUUGUCUGCCACCAACUCAAGGCAGUAAAGGAGCUAGAGGGUGGAUUCAAUGCCGUCGGAUUCUCCCAAGGAGGCCAGUUCUUGCGUGCGUACAUCCAGCGCUGCAACGAUCCACCCGUCCACAAUCUUGUGACGCUCGGUUCGCAACAUGGUGGUGUCUCUGAUAUCCCGGGUUGCAUGCUGGAGGACCCAUCCUGUCGCCUGAUGCGCUCCAUUGCCAGGAGUGGUGUCUACAGUAGAUAUGUCCGCGACCACAUCGUUCAGGCCCAAUACUACAAGGAUCCACACAACUUGCAAACCUAUCUGCAGCGAAACAUCUUUUUACCGGACAUCAAUAACGAGCUGACACCCAAGAAUGCAACCUACAAGAAGAACCUUUCCAGUAUUAACAAACUAGUUAUGUUCUUGUUCAUGGAUGACAUCACCGUCAAGCCCAAAGAAACCGCCUGGUUCGGAUUUCAAGACGAGACUGGGGACAUUGUCGAUCUGGAGGAUCAGGACCAGUACAAAAAAGACUGGCUGGGCCUCAGGACCAUGGACCAAGCCGGCAAACUCGUAUUUGAUAUCAUGGAAGGUGAACACAUGCAAUUCUCGCUCGAAGACUUUAAUGAGAGGAUCACUCUCCCAUAUCUCCUGGAGAUCGAAGACGGCGAUGACAACGAUGGUGAUGAUGGCCGCAAAGGAAAGAAGAAACAUCAUCGCAAGCAUGGAGAGGACAAGAAUCACCAAGGAAAACACCAUAAGAAGUGCCAUAAGAAGCAUCAUGGAAAGCACCGACAAGACAUGGUGGAUCAAUCCGAGAUCGUUGUUGACUGGCAGAUCGACCUACAGCAGCAAGUCCUUUGAAAAUUGCGUCUUCACAAAUAUGCAGCGUUGUAUCUACAUGCCAUAUAAAAAGGGGGAAUAUCGUCG